AUAUGAGCGUGGCUGCAUCUAGCAGUUUGUCCGCGCCGCGCGCCUUCAUUACUGCCACAUUUACCACUUUCUCUCCUAUCUUUAUCUGUCUAGCUUUACUCGUCCGUGUCCUGAUAUAGUGGAGAUAAAUUUUCUGAAAUCCUUCGAAUGCAACGAUGAACGCUCAGUGUCUCAAAAUCUUCCCCACCUGUUCGUUUUUUCUUUUUAUUUUAUCGGGAGGCAUCUGCUCAGAUGCUGAACACAGAUUGUUUUCAGAGAUAUUCUUCCGCUACAAUCAGUACAUCCGCCCGGUGGAGAAUGUGUCUGACCCUGUCGUCGUGCAGUUUGAGGUGUCCAUGUCCCAGCUGGUCAAAGUGGAUGAGGUUAACCAAAUUAUGGAGACAAACCUGUGGCUAAGACAUAUCUGGAAUGACUACAAGCUGAGGUGGGAUCCUAAGAAAUAUGGAGGAGUGGAGUUCAUUCGAGUGCCUUCCAGCAGCAUAUGGAAGCCAGAUAUUGUACUGUACAAUAAUGCAGUAGGAGAUUUCCAAGUGGAUGACAAGACCAAGGCCCUGCUCCGCUACAAUGGGGAUGUGACGUGGAUCCCUCCAGCCAUCUUCAAGAGCUCCUGCAAGAUUGACGUCACCUACUUCCCCUUCGACUACCAGAACUGUACCAUGAAGUUCGGGUCCUGGACCUACGACAAGGCCAAGAUAGACCUCGUCCUGAUUGGCUCCACCAUCAACCUCCAGGACUUCUGGGAGAGUGGGGAGUGGACCAUCAUCAACGCCCCUGGUUACAAACACGACAUCAAGUACAACUGCUGUGAAGAGAUCUACACAGACAUCACCUACUCCCUGUACAUCAGGAGGCUCCCGCUGUUCUACACCAUCAACAUGAUCAUCCCCUGCCUGCUCAUCUCCUUCCUCACCGUCCUGGUCUUCUACCUGCCCUCCGACUGCGGAGAGAAGAUCACCCUCUGCAUCUCCGUCCUCCUGUCCCUAACAGUCUUCCUCCUGGUCAUCACAGAGACCAUCCCGUCCACAUCCCUGGUCAUCCCGCUCAUCGGGGAGUACCUCCUCUUCACCAUGAUCUUCGUUACCCUCUCCAUCGUCAUCACUGUGUUCGUGCUGAACGUGCACUACCGCACGCCCAAGACCCACACCAUGCCACGCUGGGUGCGUCGGGUCUUCUUGGGCCUCUUACCCAGGGUGAUGUUCAUGACCCGGCCGGAGAGGGACCCAGAGAGGCUGCCUGGUCCCAGGGGGGCUGGCCAGCAGCUGGCGCCCCCAGCCACACGGCCCUGCGUGGUCCACCAUGCAGGCACCCUUCAGGGUCAGCAGAAGCCCCAGGGCCAGGUCUCCUCUGUGGCUGCCAGCGUGCUCCCUAGCCUGGCCCAGCGGCAGCGCCUGUUCAUCAGCACGGAGCUCAACAACCUCAAUAACCUGAACCUCGGUGGCGGUGUUCAGGUCAAGACGGCCUCCGGUUUCAUGUGCAGCGAGGGCCGCUGCAACUGCUGCUGGCGCCAGAGGGCGACCAAGCCGGAGUCCGGAGGAGGGGCUGCCGGAGUCGGGGGAGGGGGCGGAAGCUCCUGCUCCAGCUCAGAGUCUCUGGAUGGCGGGCUGAUGACCCUGUCCCCCCACUUCUCCCCUGAGGUCAGGGAGGCCAUCGAAAGUGUCAAGUACAUUGCGGAAAACAUGAGAAUACAGAACGAAGCCAAGGAGGUCCAGGAUGACUGGAAGUACGUUGCCAUGGUGAUUGACAGGAUCUUCCUCUGGGUGUUCAUCUUGGUGUGCAUCCUGGGGACUGCUGGCCUGUUCAUCCAGCCCCUCCUACUGUUCGAUAUGUGAGCCACUGAUGCACACAUGCUGUACACUGACUGUGUGAAAUCAUACGUACACAGCCAUGGUGCCCAACUUUUGCAGAUCUGUUUGGGAUUGCUGGAGUGCAGUGCAGUCGUGAUGAGGACCAGACUGGAAAUCCGUGGCAACAUGAACCUCUGUACUGCCACUGAACCAUCCCAUCGUGUUUCUUCUAGUCAGUGAUUUCAUCAUAGUGUCUCCGUAGCUGCCUCCGAAGGACCACCCAAGUGUCCACAAAGGAAUGUAAUCCAUUUGAUCGAAUGAGUCACACACACGUAUUGUACAUAUCAAUGACUGCUUAAAUGUGCUUUUCAAAAGGACACAAUUAUUUCAAGCCACUGUAAGCAAUUAUUGAAGUGAUAUCAUGUUCUGAAAUCUGAAAUAUCACUAUGUUAAUGGUUAUUGUUUAUAAAUCAUCAAAUGAACUGUACAGGACCAUUCCAAAAAUGAUUCUAAUGUUCAAUAAGGAUUCACUGAAUUUAUACAAAAAUCCACUAUUCAUAGAAAUCACAAACUGUAGAAAAAUAAAGGCUAGCAAUGUUGGAAUGGAUGACUAUAUGUAUAGUUCCAUAAGAGUGUGAAAAUGAUGGUAGCAACCGGAAUGACUUAAUUGUGUUGGGAGGGGUGACACCAUGUGGGUAUUCUAUGGUACUACAACAAACUGAAAAAGAAGAUUCAGUGUUUACUG